UCGCGGGGGUUCCGCUGCCCCCAGCACUGCUGCAGCGCCUGCGCCGCCGAGAGGGACCUGCACAAGGCCAGCAGGGGUCGCAUGGUGAGAUGUUUGAGAUGCCCCAUUGCCUAUCACUCAGGAGAUGGCUGUAUUGCUGCAGGAAGCUUGUUUGUGUCAUCCCACAUUCUCAUCUGUAGUAACCAUUCCAAAAGGAAUCACUCCUCAUCAGCUGUAAAUGUAGGCUUUUGUUUCGUUUGUGCAAGAGGGUUGGUAGUGCAGGAUCAUUCAGACCCCCUGUUCAGUUCAUAUGCCUAUAAGUCCCACUACCUACUGAAUGAGUCAAAUCGUGCUGAGUUGAUGAAAUUACCUAUGAUUCCUCCUCCUUCGUCAGCUUCCAAAAAGAAAUGUGAGAAAGGUGGAAAACUGUUGUGCUGUGAAUCCUGCCCAGCUUCCUUUCACCCCGAGUGUCUCAACAUAGAAAUGCCAGAGGGAUGUUGGAAUUGCAAUGACUGUAAAGCUGGCAAGAAGCUACGUUACAAGCAGAUCGUUUGGGUCAAGCUGGGAAAUUACAGGUGGUGGCCAGCAGAGAUCUGCAAUCCCAGGUCUGUGCCUCUCAACAUACAGGGCCUCAAACAUGAUAUCGGGGACUUCCCAGUAUUUUUCUUUGGUUCACAUGACUACUAUUGGGUACACCAGGGCAGAGUUUUCCCUUAUGUUGAAGGAGAUAAAAGCUUUGCUGAGGGGCAAACUAGUAUUAACAAGACCUUCAAGAAAGCACUUGAAGAAGCAGCAAAGCGCUUCCAGGAGCUGAAAGCACAAAGAGAAAGCAAAGAGGCAUUAGAAAUUGAAAGGAAUUCAAGGAAACCUCCACCUUAUAAACACAUUAAAUCCAACAAGGUGAUAGGGAAGGUGCAGAUCCAGGUGGCUGACCUGUCGGAGAUCCCCCGCUGUAACUGCAAGCCCUCUGAUGAGAACCCCUGUGGCCUGGAGUCGGAGUGCCUGAACAGGAUGCUGCAGUACGAGUGCCACCCCCAGGUGUGCCCGGCCGGCGAGCGCUGCCAGAACCAGUGCUUCACCAAGAGGCUCUACCCCGACGCCGAGAUCAUCAAAACCGAGCGGCGCGGCUGGGGCCUCAGGACAAAGAGGAGCAUUAAGAAGGGUGAAUUUGUGAAUGAGUAUGUUGGUGAGCUGAUUGAUGAAGAAGAGUGCAGGCUGCGGAUCAAACGUGCACAUGAGAACAGCGUAACCAAUUUUUAUAUGUUAACUGUAACAAAGGAUCGGAUAAUAGAUGCUGGCCCAAAGGGGAAUUACUCUCGUUUUAUGAACCAUAGUUGUAAUCCAAACUGUGAAACACAGAAAUGGACAGUGAAUGGUGACAUCAGAGUUGGACUCUUUGCUCUUUGUGACAUUCCUGCAGGAAUGGAAUUAACAUUUAAUUAUAAUUUGGAUUGCCUGGGCAAUGGCAGGACCGAGUGUCAUUGUGGAGCAGAAAACUGCAGUGGUUUCCUAGGAGUUCGCCCAAAGACAGCGUUUGCAACAGCAAAUGAAGAGAAGGUGAAGAAUGCAAAAUUAAAGCAGAAGAAGCGGAAAAUCAAAACGGAACAGAAGCAGAUGCAUGAAGACAACUGUUUCCAGUGUGGAGAUGGGGGAGAGCUAGUCAUGUGUGAUAAGAAGGACUGUCCCAAAGCAUACCACCUCCUAUGCCUUAACCUGACUCAACCACCCUUUGGAAAGUGGGAAUGUCCGUGGCAUCAGUGCGACGUCUGUAGCAAUCCUGCGGUUUCGUUCUGUGAGUUUUGCCCUCACUCCUUCUGCAAAGAUCACGAGAAGGGAGCCCUGGUGGCCUCGGCGCUGGAUGGCCGCCUCUGCUGCUCCGCACACGACCCCAAAGCUCCCGUGGCACCCGAGUACUGGAGCAAGAUCAAGUGCAAAUUGGAAGCCCAGAACGCUGUAGAGGAAGUGAAGGAGUGA